AUGGGCUGCUUCAUCGCCAGCUGGAUCGGUUGUCAACCGCUUCGAUACUCGAGGCAGGUGGACAUACUAAGAAUAGUAUGCAGUCUACGUCUGGACAGGGGUGGUAUGGUCCAGACUACUGAGCAGUACCAGUUCCUGUAUGCCACCCUGGCUCAGUACAGCACACAGCUGGAGAUGCAACCCGCCAGACCGCAGGAAGACCAAGGGAAACAGGAGAGCCAGGGGAACAAGGAGAGCCAGGGGAACAAGGAGGACCAAGGGAACCUGGAGAACCAGGGGAACAAGGAGGACCAAGGGAACCUGGAGAACCAGGGGAACAAGGAGGACCAAGGGAACCUGGAGAACCAGGGGAACAAGGAGGACCAAGGGAACCUGGAGAACCAGGGGAACAACGAGGACCAAGGGAACCUGGAGAACCAGGGGAACAAGGAGAGCCAGGGGAGCAAGGAGGACCAAGGGAACCUGGAGAACCUUGACUCUGCAAGAUCUGGGCCUGGACAUGGAAAACCAUCACACAACAGGACAUGACAUCACACACAACUUCAGCACUGUCUAUUUACUUGCAACGAGUGUGUGGUGUUUGUGUGUGAAAUGAUGGGAGAGCCAACUAAA